AUGCAGUUCUCAACCGCUACUCUCCUGGUGGUUUCGGCCGUCAUUCCCACCAUCUUCACCGACCCUACUUGCAAAUGCACUGGUCCCAAGGAGGACGAGCUCGAAGUUCUCAAGAUUUCAUCAGCAUGCUGCCAGAACACCACUUAUAGCACAGGUAAUCGUUUGCCAGGAAAUUUUGUUGGCGGCCUCGAUGGCGACUUCAGCGGAGAUUGCGACUUCUCCUCUGUGGAUGCAUUCAAGGCACUUGAUGAGAUGUCCACGCAACGGGAGGGUCAUGCUUUACAGGUAACGCGGCACAAAAAUAAGUAUUUGGCGAGCAUGUUACGGGAGGUGCGGGAAACACCCGUAGUCAAGCUCGACAUUUAG